CAUUUUUUAAAUAUAUCCUCUUCGAUUCGUGUCCAAGUGGGUUUUAAUGAAGUUUACCUUCUUCGGACCGAAUAGGCGCUGAGGCGAGAGGAAUUGCAGUGGCAAGAGGGGAAAAACUUCUUCAAUUUCUAAUCACAGAGUGCUUGACAGAGCAUUCAGACAAUGGGGGGAUCUCAGAAGUCUGAAGAUCUUAUUCUGGUGGAGAAAAGGGACAAGGGGAUAGCUUAUGUAACCAUUAACAGGCCCAAAUCUCUGAAUUCCCUAACAAAGGCCAUGCUCAAUGAUUUGGCAAAAGCUUUUAAGUUUUUAAAUGGAGAUGCAGAUGUGAAAGUUAUUAUCUUUACAGGAGUCGGUCGUGCAUUCUGUUCUGGCGUGGAUUUGACGGAUGCCCAAUCUGUUUUCAAAGGGGAUGUGGAAAACAUGGAUACGGAUCCAGUUUACCAGAUGGAACAUUGCAAGAAGCCAAUCAUAGGUGCUAUUAAUGGAUAUGCGGUCACUGCAGGGUUUGAACUAGCUCUAGCUUGUGAUAUUUUGAUUGCCAGCACAGAUGCUAAGUUCAUUGACACACAUUGCAAAUUUGGGAUAUUUCCAUCUUGGGGCCUUUCUCAGAAGCUCCCUCGGCUCAUCGGAGUUAAUUGUGCUAGGGAAGUUUCCCUUACUGCUAUGCCAUUAGAUGCCCAACUCGCAGAGAAAUGGGGCUUAGUGAGCCGUGUUGUUCCACCUAUGGAGCUUCUCAAAACAGCACAUAGUAUUGCUGAAUCCAUCGCAAGGAACCAUGAGGAUCUGGUAUUGAGGUACAAAGCAGUGAUCAAUGAUGGCAUAAGGCUUCCUUUUGGGGAGGCAAUCAAGCUGGAAAAGGAAAGGGCAUUCAAGUACUAUAAAGAAAUGCCACCAGAGAUGUUUACUCAAAUGCAGAAGUUCAUAUCAGGCCAGUCUUCGAAGAAGACCACCCCAUCCUCAAAGCUCUAGUAAUUUACGGUAAGGUUGCUGUCACACAAAAGCAUGCAUUUAGGUUUUGUUCAGUGAACAUUUGAUUGUUUGUAUCCUCAUCUGUCAAUAAGCAGUUGUGAUGUGAGUACAACCAUACCAAAAAUGGUAUCAAUGUCCACUUGGAGAACAUCCGUCUUAGUGAAAUAGGACAGAAUAUAUCAUGGGGCAUUGUGUUGUCUCACCAGACCUCGAUUGUGUAGCAGGCAUCAAGAUAAUUUCACGUGCAAUGACCAACAAGAAUCUUUGAUAAGGUGUAGAAUUAUUUGAACCUCCUGUUCCUAAUGGAGCGAGUUCCUGUACAUUUCUCUAAGUUAUGCAAUAAAUUAUACAAUUAUCAUGA